AUGGCUGGUGGAGCAGGCUUAACACACCCUACUACAACCAAAGUCUCCAUGGAUCAAAAUUCAGAAGUAUUCAAUGGAGGGAUUGAUGCAAGAAGUUUACUUGUAGCUCCAAAAUUACCAAAAUCAGCUGAUGGAGAAUCCAUCCGAAGGCCUCGUGGAAGGCCAGUUGGAUCCAAGAACAAGCCCAAGCCACCAAUCAUCGUCACCAGGGACAGCGCCAACGCGCUAAAAGCACACGCCAUGGAGGUAGCCUCCGGCUGUGAUGUGAACGAAAGCUUACUAAACUUUGCGCACAAGAAACAACGUGGCAUAUGCGUGCUUAGCGCGACAGGGUGUGUAACCAACGUCACCCUUUGUCAGCCUUCCUCAUCGGGAUCAAUUGUAACACUCCAUGGAAGAUUCGAGAUUCUCUCAUUGCUCGGAUCAAUUCUGCCCCCACCGGCCCCACCAGUAGUCACCGGCCUAAUAAUCUAUCUAACCGGGACUCAAGGACAGGUUGUGGGUGGCAAUGUGGUAGGUCCGCUAGUUGCGUCGGGUCCUGUUAUCAUCAUGGCUGCAACAUUUAUGAAUGCUACAUUUGAUCGCUUGCCUUUAGAUGAAGAUGAAAUGGUUGCUUCGGCAAAACAGAAUCAACAGUAUCGAAACAAUAGGCAGCGUCACCAUAUCGAUGUCUCAGAGGCAUAUGGGAUUCCACAGAAUUUGCUUACUAGUGUAACUUUGCCCUCUGAGGUAUAUUCGUGGGCACCAGGCCGGGCUCUGUCGAAGUCUUAG